AUUUGAAGCAUGCGUAUAAUAUUAUAAGGUUAUCGUAAUGUUAUUGACUCUAUAUGCUUUCAUUGUUGGAGGAGCUGUUCCCAAAUAAGUGCUCGUUGUCUCAUGAGUAUCUACUGAAACUUUGGGAGCUUGCUUAUCACCACAGAGAUCCAAAAUCAUGCUAUAAUUGUAUAUAUAGGUCCUACUAGUUUACUAGUUUUACAGUAUACAUGCAGAACUUCAGUUGACCUACCUCAAAUUAGGUCUAUCUGUAUCUAGUUUGGUAUUGUAGUUAACUGUUAAAGAUGCUAGCUCUGAUCUUACUCUGCUCUGUUUGCUUUCCUGAAGUUGUACGUGCUGAGUCGAUCACGUACUUUGUCACUAACAAGAUUAAUACAUCAGCUGUUGUCUGUAAUGGCUACCGUUCUUGUCACACUCUAAACGAACUUGCCAUUAACUCCUCUUUGCUAUUUCUUGAGUAUGCUAACUACAGUCUGGUGCUUGAAGGUGGUAUACACAAACUCACCGUUGGGUUAGUUGUCUCCGAUAUUGAUCAGCUCGAAAUAUCUUCAUUUGAUUCUGAAAUUGACAUAACAUACGGAAACGUAACGGUCUACAAUGUAUCCAGUUUUUCUAUCAGUAAUUUUCAGCUUUUCGCAUCCGAACAUCAAAAUAAACCAAGCUUCUUUAUUUCUAAAACUAGAAAGGCGGUUAAAUUUGACAAUGUCAACAUUUCCAAUGUAGGUAUAUCUGCUAUUCUAAAUGGGGGGCCAAGAAGAUUGAAUUCAGUGUUUGUUAUCAGAAACUCAAGUGUGGAGAAUUCAGCACUCAGGUUUGAGUUGAAAAACUGCCUCUUGCUUCUAUUGGACUCGUAUUUUUAUGGUAACGUGCUUUUUGUGGAAACUACUUUAAGAGUCAAUAUUGUCUCAAAAGAAAAGAUGAUACGAAUUGUUGGUUGUAGAAUUUCGGGACAAACUUCUUUAAGAGUGCGAGCUGGUUCAGAUAUUCUGCUUUCUAUUGUCGAUAUUUCUGACACUGUUAUUUCAGACACUAAUUACAUGCAAGUAGAUGGAGGUAUACGUUUAGAACGUCUAGUUGUGUACAUUGUCAUGUAUUCUCGAGUUCAGCUCAAUAUAAUGGAGUCCAAUAUUAGCAGUCUUUUUGCUGAGGUUUCUGAAGAGAGUUCCUUGUUUAUGAAUGUCUCUAAGUGCUUUCAUCGUCCUAUCAUAAAAAUGUACGGUAUUGAAAUUAAACAGAUGAAAUUCAGUCGAUUAUUGCUUGAUGUUCGAGAUUCUGUUUUUGAACAUUCUUCGAUUGGUGUAAGUAUACAAGCUAUCAAGUAUACUAGUACAUCGUUAAAACUACAUGAUACACGUUUUGUUUAUUGUCAAGCACUUUCUAUAUUUUCCAGUGGACGUUUUCUUUAUGUAUAUCUUUUCAAUGUUACAAUCAGUGGUUCUUUCGACCAAAAUGCUGUCACUAUUCAAGCAGCUGCCUCGGAAUCAUCCGUAGAAUUGGUGAAAUGCUCUUUCUUGUAUAACUUUGGGAACAGGGGUGCUUGUGUAUACUUUUUAUCUAAUCCUCAGUCAUCAUUAACAUUAAACGAAGUUUUUUUUUAUGAAAAUGUUGAUCUUACUUCAGAUCCAGCUAUUGUAUUGGUUAUUAAUUGUGACAAUGUGAUAAUACAUAAUUCCUUGUUCGAAUGGAAUACAGGAACACCCGUUGAGAUUGUUUCAGGCCAGCUAUAUUUGUCAGGAUUCACGUCUUUCAGGUCUAAUAUUGCCACAAAUGGUGGUGGAUUGUCUUUAAUCUGUUCGACAGUCAUCUUUGAGAAGGGAUUGGUGGCAACUUUUGCAUCAAACAAAGCACUCAAUGUAGGAGGUGCUAUAUAUGUAGCGCCUUGUUUUGACCACGACAGAAUUGCCAAAAGAAAUAAUUAUAAAUUUAUAUCUACUGUUACGGUAUGUUUCUUUCAAAUUUCAAUCGGAAGUGAAUGGGAAAAGCUCUCCUUAAGGUUUCUCAAUAAUUCAGCCUUGAAUGGUGGGGAGGAUAUAUUUGGAACCUCCGUGCACAAACAUUGUAUUGCUCAAAAACAUACUCAACUCAUUCUAACUCAUUUUAACUUGCAGCAGUUAUUCAAGAUACGUAAUUCCAAAAACACUAGUCUCUCCUCUGUUGCCUCAGACCCUAAGAGAGUGUGUGUAUGUGAUGACUUUGGGGAGCCACAAUGUUCUAGUCUCGACUUCAUCUAUAACAUUAAAAUUCUGUAUCCCGGAGAGAUGUUUACUGUGUCUUUGGUAGUCGUGGGUAAUGAUUUUGGCACUGUUACGGCCACUACAAAAGCUGGUCUCCUUGGUAGUACAUCGGGAUCUCUGGGGGAGGGACAACAAACUCGAUUGGCAUUUUUCAGACAUUGCACCAGUAUACAGUACUCCGUUCACUCAUCACGACCAACAGAAACAAUUGUUUUCACAGCUAGUGGUAGUAAACCAUUAGCUGCUACUAGACGUAGCAAACUGGAAGAUCGUUUAAAAGUUGAACAUCAAUUAAAUAAAGAUUCUGUCUUUGUGUAUUUACAUACUGAAGAAAUCCAAGUGCAACUGCUCACCACUCCUGUGUACUUCAAUGUGACUCUUGCAAACUGUCCUCUUGGAUUUGAGCUGAUUGGUGACCCUCCAUCUUGUCAGUGCCAAAAGGAGCUAGUACAAAACAAUAUCAAACAUUGCAUUAUUGUUAAUCACACUGGCUUUGUGUAUCGCAGAGGAUCGACUUGGGUGAAUGCUACCUUCAACGGAAACAUCAGUGUGCCUAUAGUAUACAAGUCCUGCCCCUACGAUUACUGUCUGAGUGAGAACACUUCCGUAGACUUGAGAUACCCAGACGCACAGUGUGCUCUGGGCCACUCAGCCACUCUGUGUGGAGCUUGUAGUGAAAAUCUGAGCCUGGCUCUCGGCACCAAUCGAUGUCUCGACUGUUCCAACACUGGUCACUUAGUGCUCCUCAUAUUCUUCAUAGCUGCUGGCUUUGUGCUUGUGAUUUUCAUCAAGGCCUUAGACUUCACUGUUUCUAAGGGAACUAUCAAUGGUCUUAUCUUCUAUGCCAACAUUGUGUGGGCAGAAAAAAGCAUUUUGUUUUCAAAACAGACUACAGCUCACUCGGUAAUGAGUGUUUUUAUUGCUUGGCUGAAUCUGGACUUUGGAAUUGAGACUUGUUUUGCAGAUGGUUUAUCAGGUUAUCAGAAAGCCUGGUUACAAUUCUUGUUCCCUGUGUAUGUGUGGUGUAUUGCGGGUCUGAUAAUUAUCUCCUGUCGUUAUUCAACAAUGGCAACCAACCUGUUUGGGAACAACUCUGUCCCUGUCCUAGCAACUCUGUUUCUCAUGUCGUAUGCUAAGCUACUACGCGCUAUCAUAACCGUAUUAGGAUUUGCUGUCCUUCGGUCUGCAGAUACUACUGUGUCACAGGUGUGGCUCUAUGAUGGUAACAUUCCAUACCUUGGCCUCAAGCAUGCAUUUCUUUUCGUAGUAGCUGUCCUGGCUUUACUGUUCCUGUGGCUGCCUUACAUGUGCACUCUGUUUCUAGUUCCAUUCUUCAAAGGCAAGACUCACUAUUGGCUCUUUCGUUGGAUUGUUAAAUGGAAGCCAUUUUAUGACGCUUACUUUGGUCCUUUACACACUGAACAUCAGUACUGGGUUGGAUUGCUGUUAGUAGUUCGUGUUGUUUUGCUUCUGUUAUUCACAGUUGCACCAACAUACUCCAACCUCCUUGCCUUGAUCGUAACAACAACUACCCUUUUAACGUAUGUGACCCUCUCUGGCUCUGUGUAUAAGAAUAAAUACUUGUCUUUUCUUGAGAACUCGUUUUUAGUCAACUUAAAUGUGUUAGCAGCUGGAGUGCUGUAUCAAAAUGUGGUGGGAGGAGACGUAGAUUUGGUUGUGUACGUGUCUGUUGGUAUCGUGUUUGUUCAGUUCGUAUGCAUUACUAUCUACCAUUGCAUUGUCUGUUUGAAGAGUUGUGCCGGCAAGAAGAACCCGCAUGGUCGAUCUGUGAGAGCUCGUCUGUCUCCCAGUAAAAGUCAUGUGCAGUUUCCCCUUCGAGAGGAGCUUUUGGACCAUGAGAAUUCGUUAUAACUAAUAAGUUUGACUCAGAUAUAAUUGUAUAGACAAAUUUACUGAACCAUGAUACUCAUUAGCAUAGAUUUGUUAUGUUUUGUAUACUGUCACAAAAGUUUGAGUGUAUUGUUGUGAUUUUA